AUGAGCUGUCCCCACGUCGCGGAAGCUCGUCUUGUGGCUCCGAGAGCCAAUCAGAGCGUCCAUCGAGAAGACUGCACGCAGUGCUUCGAUAGCAUCGACGAGCCUCAAGGUCUGAAUGUCUGUCUGGGCUGCUUCAACGGUGGUUGCGCUGGCGAGAGAAACCACGCCGAGCUCCAUCACAAGUUAGCCAAACACCCACUGGCCCUCAAUAUCCGUCGAACCAAGAAGCCCAAAGUCGAGCGUGAUGAGCCACCGCAGAAAAUUUCUAGGCUUGCCAUUGCGGCUGAGACCGAGAGCGAUCGUUACGAUACCCAUACGGCGGUGAUUUGCUACGAAUGCGGUGGGAAGGAGGUGGAGAGGACUACCGGGAAUCUGUCCGCGGUCAUAGACGGUAUCAUGUCGGCAAUGACCUUUGCUACCCAGACGGAAGUCAAGGCUUGGGAACAGGAGAUCAACCCGUGUGAACAUACGCUUUGCUUGGAACAAACAGAGUCAAAACAGCUUGAAUCCCAGAAUCUCGCCCAUUGUGCUGAUUGCGACUUGAAUGAGAACCUUUGGCUCUGUCUGCAGUGCGGAAACCUUGGAUGCGGACGGGCCCAGUUCGGCGGAGUCGGCGGAAACUCUCAUGGCUUGGCUCAUACCGAUGCCACGGGACAUCCAGUUGCCGUCAAGCUUGGCUCAAUCACACCGGAAGGCAACUGCGAUGUUUACUGCUACUCUUGCAAUGACGAGAAGAGUGACCCUGAGAUCAAGGCUCAUCUUGCCCACUGGGGAAUCAACAUCGCGGAGAGGCAGAAGACGGAGAAGAGCUUGACGGAGAUGCAGAUUGAACAAAACCUGCGUUGGGAGUUCUCGAUGACUUCGGAGGAUGGCAAGGAGCUCAAGCCGAUAUACGGACAGGGCUUGACUGGGUUGAAGAAUCUGGGCAACUCUUGCUAUCUGGCUAGCAUAAUACAAUGUUUGUAUUCAUUGCCUGCCUUCAAGGAGAGAUAUUUCGAGAAGGUGAAGGGCUUGCCAGAAGUCCCGAACCCCGCGGAAGACCUGGAAACACAGCUCCGAAAGAUUGGAGAUGGAUUGUGGUCGGGACGAUACUCAAGGCCAGACUCUGAUGUUAUGGCUAGCGAGUAUUCCACCGAGCUUCCACACCAGAAGGGUCUUGCUCCCUCUAUGCUGAAGGCUCUCAUAGGAAAGGGACAUGAAGAGUUCUCGACCAUGCGCCAGCAGGAUGCGUUCGAGCUGUUAUUGCAUCUCUUCAAUCACAUCGAGAAGUCCGGACACCCGGAGGGACUAAAGGACCCAGUUUCGGACUUUAGAUUCAUGCUUGAACAGCGAUUGCAGUGUUUGGGGUGUAAGAAGGUCGCCUACAGGACCGAUAUACAGGACAACAUAUCUGUACCUGUACCCGCGAGAAGAAUUAAGACUCCCGAUGUUGUGAUGGACGAGGCCGGAGAAGCCGAAGCUGGAAAGGACAAGAAGGAUGUCUUCGAACCUGUCACCAUCAAGGAGUGCCUCCAGAUUUUCACCUCCGAUGAGGUUGUGGAGUUCACUUGCAAGGGUUGUGGUGGCAAGCAAGCGACGAAACGCUCCCGCUUCAAGUCCUUUCCUAAUGUCCUCGUCAUCAAUUGCCGCCGUUUCGAGCUCGUCAACUGGGUGCCAACAAAGCUCGAUAUCCCCAUCAUAGUCCCCGAUGAGGCCUUCCCGCUCGAUGAUUACCUCUCUUCGGGCAUCCAGCUCAGUGAGGAACUACUCCCUGAAGAUUCCGCUGAAGGCCAACCCGCUUUUGUCGCCAACGAACUCGCCAUGGCACAGCUCGAGGCUAUGGGAUUCCCUAAGCCUCGCUGUGAGAAAGCACUCUACAAGACUGGUAAUGCAGAUGCCGAGACAGCAAUGACUUGGCUCUUCGGCCACAUGGAAGACCCCGAUAUUGACGAUCCCCUCGUUAUUCCUGUCUCCAGUGGCGCCCAAAAGGUCGGCCCGUCGCAAGACUCGAUCGAUAUGGUCAUGGGCAUGGGCUUCACAGCCGCCCAGGCGACGAAAGCACUUAGGGAGACCCACGGAAACGUCGAGGCCGCGAUUGAAUGGAUCUUCUCUCAUCCGGAGGAUAGCUUCGAGGACGAACCUAUGACCAAGACUACUGCUGCUCCAAAGGCCCAGGAGGAACCGGGAAAUAAAGAGCUCCCUGCGAACUUUAAGCUCUCGAGUAUUGUCUGCCACAAGGGCGGAAGCAUCCAUGCGGGCCAUUACGUCGCGUUCAUCAAGAAGGAUCUCAGCCAUGUCCAGAGUGAGGAAGGAGAGAGCUGGGUACUUUUCAAUGACGAGAAGGUGGUCAAGAGUGGUGACGCUGAGGAAAUGAAGAAGUUUGCAUAUGUCUACUUCUUCAAGAGGGUUUAG